AUGGCUGCUGCAUCGACUGAAAGUUUCGCACAUUUUGGAUCUAAACUAUUCGCUACUAUAGCUCGUGAAAACAAUUCUCAGAAUGUAUUUCUUUCACCAGCAAGUAUUGCUCUGGCAAUGUCAAUGUGUACAGUUGGUGCUCGACAUGAAACACUAAAACAAAUGCUGCAAGUAUUCGAAGUAUCAUCAAUAAAGGAUUUAGAGAAUUCAGCCCAUCAUGUUAUGCAAGUAUUUUCAAAUAAUCGUGGAAAAAAGCCAUCGACAAUUAAAUCAGCCACUGAUUUACCUGAGGUACCCAAUCCAUCAUUAGUUACACUCAGAUUAGUAAAUUGUCUUUAUGUACAAAAAGGAUUCACAAUACGUGAUGAUUAUUUGGAUUUACUUAAACACUCGUUUUAUUCUGCUAUUGAUCUGGAAGAUUUUGAAAAUAACAGUGCUGAAGCUGUCGAAAAAAUAAAUGUCUGGGUAGAAAAACAAACACGCAAGCGCAUACGUGAUUUAUUAUCAACAAAUGAAGUUACCAAAGACACGCGACUCAUACUUGUUAAUUGUAUUUACUUCAAGGGUGAAUGGGAAGAUAGAUUUCAACAGAAUAGUACGGAUAAAAAUGCAGAUUUUCAUGGAAUUGAUGGUACUACAUCGAAAAUCGAAUUAAUGUUUCAAAAAACGAAUUUUAAUUAUGCUGAAAACCAAGAUUUACAAAUUCAAAUUGCUCAUUUACCCUAUAAAAACAUGGGUCCCAGCGGAGUGUUCAUUUUUACAAUAGUUUUACCUCAUGACGGUGUUAACUUAAAUGAAAUCGAAGGAAAAUUAAUGUCAAACACGAAAUUAAUGCAUGAAGUAUUAAGUUUUGACAAUGCAAAUUCCAUAGAACUUUCACUUUAUUUGCCAAAAUUUAAAAUGGAGACGAAAUAUGAAUUAGGAGAUAUUAUGAUUUCAUUGGGCAUGAAAGAUGCAUUCGACGAAAAGAAAGCUAAUUUUAAAGGUAUUAUUGGUACAAUCAAGGAUGAGAAUCGUAUAGCGAUAACCAAAGUUAUUCAUAGAACAUUCCUUAAUGUCGACGAAGAAGGCACAGAAGCGGCAGGUGCUGGGGCAGUCAUCAUGGGUCGUUUUGGUUGUGGAUUUCACGCUAAAAAAAAGCCGAUUGAAUUCAAAGCGAACAGACCAUUCCUAUUUUUUAUUCAAGAGGUUAGACAAAAUGUUAUUCUCUUCAGCGGAAAAUUUGUUUCGCCACCAAUUCCCAGUCGUUAA